AUGAUGUCGGCCUAUCUCCGGGCGUUGGCUUCCCUGGAGAGCUGGUCGCUGGGAGGAGAUGGUCUGGAGCCCGAGAUCUUGGAAGCCUACCGAGAGGCUGCCAAGUGCCUGGCCAGCAUGCGUGCGAAGAGGAUCAGGGUGCUCGACGUCGGAGCUGGCGGGGGAGGUGACCUCCGUUACAUCCGCCGAAGUCUGGACGAAGCCCAGCUCUCGCUGCGCAGUGUUGAGGUAGUUGCAGUGGAGCCGAAUCGGUGCACGUGGUCCUGCGUGGAGCGGGAGCAGAAGCGCUGGCUGCCCCAAAUUGCUGGUUUCCAGCUGCUUCCCUCCAUGCCGGAGUCCUCGCCAGAGGGCUUCGACAUGGCGGUGCUGCAGCAUGUGCUGUGUUGUGCAGAGCGGCCGGAGAAUCUGCUCUGCGACGUCCAAAAGGCUCUGAGACCAGGCGGACAGCUGGUUUUCGUGGAGCACGUCUUGGCAGACAGCUCUCAGAUGCCAUACCUACGCACAGCCCAAGCGGCACUGCGAUCCGUGCAGAUGGCCGUGUGCAACGGCUGCGAUCCAUGCCGCGACACGGAGAGGCUCUUCGAAGGGCAGCUCUUUGAAGAAGUGAAGCUGAAGCGCUUCAAUUUGCCAGUGCUUGGAGUUCAGAUACCUCACAUCAAGGGGGUCGCAGUGAAGCGCGAGUCCGACCCGCCCGUGGCCCUGCGUGGGCCGUUGACGCCGGCGACAUUGCGAGAGUUUCUGUGA